GCAUUUCCACUUGCCUUUUUUUAAUCCUUCUGUGUCUGCUGCCACGGUUCUGUGAUGUUUGCAGAUACAGAGACAAUUUAUUUCCUUUCUACUGAUCACUGCUGUGACACAGGAUUCAAACAGUGUAAACCCAAAAUACUGAAAAUGACACAUUUUUAAGCAGCGAAGAAUGUGCCCUAGGUGUACAGCUGUUUCACAUGCAAAGACAUGACUCAGAUACAGCCUUUUUAGACAAAACCCUUUUGUUAUACUGAGAASACAUGUAACAAUAGCCUGGGGGGCAGAAUAAUAGAACAUUUGUUGUUUUGUGAAGGGGAGUGGGAAGGGAAUCUAAAGAUAAGGAAAUUGAAAAUUAAAAUUAUAUUCAAAGUCUGGGGUUUUUUUUCCCAUGCUGCAUAGGAUAUAAAAACGUUUUGUAAAGGUGUUUCAAGGCAAGCUCCUUAUCCAUAUCGCACACGCUGUCUGUAACAACUCCAUGUGUGACAACAACAUCAAUAUCAUGCAUGUUGAUCGACUAUAAUUUCAAAUAUGUUAAUAACUACUGAUUGAGAUCUCUUUAUUCCCCCUGCUAAAUACUAAUAUUGUAUUUGGAGGCAUAAAACAGAAAAACGAAAGGAAAUUUUAAAUCAGGGAUUACAACCCUAUAGAAAAACUCGGUGUGGUCAGGUUUCAUUGAAGUCUAUUCACAGACAUAGAAGAURUCUAUACAAGACAGUUUUAAAGUGCUUGGGGCUUAAUGCAUGAUAGACACUUCAAGGCAUCAUUAUUCAAAUGAAAAGAUGGCAGUACAGUAAACAGAUUUUUAAGCCUCUGGAUUGCAGCCCUCUGCUCAGUCUAGAAGAAGGGAAGUGAAGUUACCACAUUCUGUGGUGUGAAGAAGGAGCACGAAAUUCAGGAGCAACGCGUGUGGUACUGAGCAGACUGAAUGAACUUGUUAAAAGCAGGAAGGGGAGCUGUUAAUUGAUACACACAACAGACAGGCUGAGAAGGCAACUGACACACGGUCACAUUGAGGUCAUCUCCCGGAAUCUUCUGAAAAAACAAGAGUAAUAGAAGAAAAUGUUGAAUAAAAGUAUCUUUGCUACACAGUCAGACUGAGACAUUGGAGUUGGUUCAUUGGAGCCAUGUGGUUAUGAUAUUAUUGAGAUUCCAUAAUGCCUCCUGCCGUGACAGACAGCCUUGACAUCUGGGCAGUGGAUUCACAGAUUGGUGCUGAUGGCUCAAUAUCUGUGGACUUCCUGUUGCCCACUGGAAUCUACAUCAACCUGGAUGUCCCUCGAGAUGCCACCAUAUCUCAGAUUAAACAGCUGUUAUGGAAGCAGGCACAUUCCUAUCCACUCUUUCAUCUCCUUAUGGAGAUUGACUCUUACAUGUUCUCAUGUGUGAAUCAGACUGCUGUACAUGARGAAUUAGAGGAUGAAACACGGAGACUCUGUGAUGUUAGACCCUUUCUUCCUGUCCUCAAGCUAGUCACAAGGAACUGUGAUCCAGGAGAAAAGUUGGAUUCCAAAAUAGGUGUCCUUAUAGGCAAAGGUCUCCAUGAGUUCGAUGCCUUACAAGACCCUGAAGUGAAUGACUUCCGAGCUAAAAUGCGGAGAAUCAGUGAGGAGAAGAUUCAGUCCCUUGUGGGGCUCUCCUGGAUGGAGUGGCUGAAGCACACUUACCCUCCAGAACAGGAGCCUGUUAUCCCAGAGAGCAUCCAAGAUAAGCUCUACAGUGGAAACCUUGUAGUGGCUGUUCAUUUUGAUAACUGCCAGGAUGUAUUUAGUUUUCAGGUGUCUCCUAACAUGAAUCCCAUCAAGCUGAAYGAGCUGGCAAUCCGAAAACGUUUGACUAUCCAUGGAAAAGAAGAUGAGGAAGUUGAUCCUGCUGACUAUGUGCUGCAAGUUAGUGGAAGGCUAGAAUAUGUUUUUGGUGAUCACCCAUUAAUUCAGUUCCAGUACAUCCGCACCUGUGUGAUGAACAGGACCCUUCCCCAGCUCACCCUGGUGGAGUGUUGCACCAUAAAGAAGAUGUGUGAGCAGGAGAUGAUUGCCAUAGAAGCUGCCAUAAACCGAAAAUCCUCCAACCUUCCUCUUCCUCUGCCACCAAAAAAAACAAGAGCAACRACUAGUGUGUGGGAUAUUUGCAACCCUUUCAAGAUUGUUCURUUAAAGGGUAAUAAACUAAAUACAGAAGAAAAUGCCAAAGUUCAUGUUAGGGCUGGUCUUUUCCAUGGUACYGAGCUCCUUUGUAAAACAGUUGUAAGCACUGAAAUAUCUGGGAGAAGUGACCACGUUUGGAAUGAAGUGCUGGAGUUUGAAAUCAAUGUGUGUGAUCUGCCAAGGAUGGCAAGGCUCUGCUUUGCUGUUUAUGCUGUGAUGGAUAAAAUGAAAACUAAAAAGUCUACCAAGGCAAUGAAUACUUCCAAAUACCAAACCAUUAGGAAAGCAGGAAAAGUGCAUUAUCCUGUAGCCUGGGUGAAUACCAUGGUGUUUGAUUAUAAAGGACAUUUGAGGAAUGGAGAACUGGUACUGCACAGCUGGUCAUCAUUUCCUGAUGAACUUGAAGAAAUGUUGAAUCCCAUGGGAACCGUCCAGACUAAUCCUUACACUGAAAAUGCAACAGCUUUGCACAUUAGAUUUCAGGAAUAUUCAAAACAGCCCAUUAAUUACCCUCCCUUUGAUAAGAUACUUGAAAAGGCAGCUGAGAUUGCAAGAAACAGUGACAAUGCUGCAAUGGCGGGUCGAGGUGGUAAGAAGUUUUAUGUUGUGCUAAAAGAUAUAAUGGAAAGAGAUCCUUUAUCUCAGCUUUGUGAAAAUGAAAUGGAUCUCAUUUGGACUUUGCGGUAUGACUGUCGUGAAAAUUUCCCACAAUCAUUGCCAAAACUGCUGCUCUCUUUAAAGUGGAACAAACUUGAAGAUGUUGCUCAGCUUCAGGCUCUCCUGCAGAUAUGGCCCAAGCUGCUGCCCAGAGAGGCGUUGGAGCUGCUGGAUUUCAAUUACCCCGACCAGUACGUCAGAGAAUAUGCAGUGGGUUGUUUGAGGCAGAUGAGCGAUGAAGAGCUCUCUCAGUAUCUUCUCCAACUUGUGCAAGUCCUGAAGUAUGAGCCUUUUCUGGAUUGUGCACUCUCCAGAUUUCUCCUGGAAAGAGCCCUUGGCAACAGGAGAAUAGGACAGAUGUUGUUCUGGCAUCUGAGGUCAGAGGUUCACAUCCCCGCCGUGUCGGUGCAGUUUGGUUUGAUACUGGAAGCUUAYUGCAGGGGGAGUGUGGCUCAUAUGAAGGUGCUGGCUAAACAGGUGGAAGCCCUCAAUAAAAUGAAGACUUUAAAUAGUCUAAUUAAGCUGAAUGCCAUGAAGCAAAGCAAAGCAAAAGGAAAAGAUGCAAUGCACACGUGUUUGAAACAAAAUGCUUACAGAGAAGCACUUUCUGACCUCCAGUCUCCUCUGAAUCCUUCUGUUAUACUUUCAGAACUGCAUGUUGAGAAGUGUAGAUAUAUGGAUUCUAAAAUGAAGCCUCUCUGGAUAGUAUACAACAACAAAAUGUUUGGAGGAGAUCUUGUGGGGAUCAUCUUUAAAAAUGGUGAUGAUCUGCGCCAGGACAUGUUGACACUCCAGAUUCUGCGCUUGAUGGACAUUCUUUGGAAAGAGGCUGGCCUGGAUCUCCGGAUAUUGCCAUAUGGCUGUUUAGCAACUGGGGAUCACUCUGGCCUUAUUGAGGCUGUUUCCAGUUCAGAAACCAUUGCUGACAUUCAGUUAAACAGCAGCAAUGUUGCUGCAGCUGCUGCCUUCAACAAGGAUGCGCUCUUGAACUGGCUGAAGGAAUACAAUUUAGGAGAGGACUUGGAUCGUGCCAUUGAAGAAUUUACUCUGUCUUGUGCUGGCUACUGUGUAGCUACAUAUGUACUGGGAAUUGGGGACAGACACAGUGAYAACAUCAUGGUCAGGAAAAAUGGACAGCUCUUUCACAUAGAUUUUGGGCAUAUUCUUGGAAACUUUAAGUCCAAGUUUGGAAUUAAAAGGGAACGGGUACCUUUCAUACUCACCUAUGAUUUCAUUCAUGUUAUUCAACAAGGAAAAACAGGGAACACAGAAAAAUUUGGUCGGUUCCGGCAGUACUGUGAGGAAGCCUACCUGAUCCUGCGCAAGCACGGCAACCUAUUUAUUACCCUCUUUGCACUGAUGCUGACUGCAGGGCUGCCAGAGCUGACCUCUGUCAAGGACAUCCAGUACCUCAAGGACUCCCUUGCCUUAGGGAAGAGUGAGGAAGAGGCACUAAAACAGUUUAAGCAAAAGUUUGACGAAGCUCUGCGGGAAAGUUGGACUACUAAAGUGAACUGGAUGGCUCACACUGUUAGAAAAGAUUACAGGUCCUAGAAGAUUGUGKCAUUUGCACUAAGCUGAAGGUUACCUUGAUAAGUGUUUGUAAAGGGUUUCUGUUGYAUGGACCAACAAAACUUUGGGAAGCGUUGGGACAACGGUCUCAGGCACAUGGUGGUUCUUGGGGAGUCCCAYACAGGGCAGAGGUUGGACUCUGAUCCUGAUGGGUCCCUUCCAACUCAGCACAUUCURKKAUUCUAUGGACUGAUUCAGAACAAGAGAGGAAACAACAAUGAAAACAAAUGGACUGAAUUGAUUCCUGAGUCUUUUGCACUCUGCUUCUGAAUGCUUGAUUCCAAGACUGUCUCUACAAUUAGUGAACAUCCUGGAUAAUCAGUUCCUGCUGACUUUGCACGCUGAGAGCUACUAGGCAUUUUUAAAAAUUCUUUGGUACUUUAUGGAGAUGUAAAUAUUUGUUUUUAUACGUUAGGGUAAUAUGCUCUAACAUCUCCUCAGGAGGUUUGAAGACUUCUGACAGAACUGUUCUUUGUUUAAAGUUAGGACUUGAAGAGUACAUUUUUUUUUUAUAUCCUAAUCUGGCUAAAAAUGAGCAUAUUGUGUAUAUUUUUCAUAUGACCUCUGCCCUACUGGCACAGAUGCAUUAAUUCUACUGUAAAUAGCAACCAUGGUAUCACUGUACUGCAGGGAGCUGCUCYGUGUCUCGUGCUGCUGCCGAAGGAAGGGUGGGUGUUUGGAGGGUGGGGGGAGACCUCUGAGAGUGGUGCAGCAUCCAGAUGUUCAGGGUUGCACAGUUUUGUUCCACUGGCUGAACACACAAAAGAAGCCUUUCASMRUGAGGAAGGUUAGGCCAAUUCCAAACAUGCCUGAGAAUCCCUCACUGGUUACAGUCUCCCUCUCAGCCUCUGGGGCUUUGCCUUCCGCUCCCAGAGAGGCACAAUUUGGUUUGGUUUCAGCAAGAAGCUCCUUCCAGCCUUACACUGAAAUUYGUAUCUCAGAUCAGUCACUCCCUGCAAAAUGUACUGACUCAUGUAAGGGAUGUUUUCAYUAAAUAUACUACACAAGUCGAUUUUUAGAGCAUACAUACCAAAAACCCCAACUGUUUGGAAAAGCAUGUGUUUAUGGGAAAGAUCAUUCCACAGAACACCAAUGCGAAUUUUGRUCUUCUCUCUGUAUUUAUUAAAAGCUUGCAGUAAUGUUGCUUUACCAAGAUAUAUAUGUUGAAGAUGGUUGCUGAAGAAACUGGAUUUGUUUUAAUUUAUUUAGUGAGGUACCAGGCUUUUAGGUGCUUAAAUGGAGAGCAAAUUUGUUAYGUGCAAUAGGGAACUGCUGGUUAAAAGAUGUAACAAACUGUUCCUGAAACAUCAGCAAGAGAGGUUUUAACUACUGCUUGUUCUCCGAGGAACACUGGUAGCUCUUGAUUCUUGUGGACAUUUGAAAGAGAAUUAAACAUAUAUAUUUACUUUUUGACUAAACAGUUGUUCUGCAUAGAAAUGUUGGAUUAUGUAGGAGUUUAAUUAAAGUUGGUUUUACUUUGUUGAGAAUGUUUUAUUUUUGGUUGGUUUGGUGUUYCCUUGUUUCUUUYUAUCUGGAGUCAGGGUGGCAUUCUGUGUAGGGCAUUGAUUCUCUUGUCCUCACCCUUUGGGCUAAUCUGUCKGAACAGAUUUCUGCUUCUAGAAUUUUCUAAAAGUAACUAGUACUGUGUGGGUUGGUUUUGUUGUGUUUCAUUUUUGGGGAUUUUAUAUACAAUAUAGUAGCAUUUAAAGUGUGCCAUGUCCCCUUUUUUAAAAUUAUUUCUAUAGCAGAUGGCAGGAAAGCUAAAAAGAAACUACGUUGUAGGUGACAGCUCUGCAAAAAGUAAUUUCAUCCUCAGAUAAUUCCCAGCAUGUGAAUUUGCAUAAGGAGCUGUCCCUGGACGCAUUAUAUUUUUCUGUGAGACAGCACUUGGACAUCUCUUGUCUUGUUGAGGGAGACGUAACCUUCCCCAGAACUUUGAGAUGAAGUUGGCGAGUGCACCUUGGCUGUGUGAGGUGGAUGUGCUUGGAAUCUGAGAGCAGGGAGCACGAUGGCGUCUUUAUUUCCU